CCCCCCGGGGCGCUGUCGCGACUGAGCGCGGACCUGCAGCGAUACCAGCGGCACCUGGAAUGGCUGCGGAGGGCCGGGCCGGCAUUGCGCCCCCUGGAGGCCGAACUGGGAGCGCUGCACGCCAGGCUGGAACGGCUGCUGCGCCGCCUCGACCACCUGCUGUCCCGGCUGAGCCUGAGCCGCCCCAACGACCCCCACCCGCCUCUGCCCCCCCCCGGAUCGCCAUGGGCGGCCGUGCAGGCGGCGCACGCGGUGCUCCGAGGGCUGCACCUCCAUUUGGACUGGGCUUCCCGUGCCCUCGUGCUGCUCCGGAACCGCCUCUGACCCCUGGGGUCACGUGACGGUGGGCACGGCGCGGUCACGUGACACGGCGCGGUCACGUGAUGCCGGAAACGCGUGGCCCCG